CGAAAUGGGUACACUGACCAACACUCAAUCUUUAAAAAAUGCGCUGGAACUGAACUUUUGACAGGAUCUACCAUCACCUGAUGAAUGGCGCAAAACCAUCAGGGAGAAGAACGAUGGCUCGAUGUCGAGUCAACCAUAUCAACGAUGCUCGCAGGCUAUCUUCGAAGCUUGGUUGAAACCACAUAUCCAAAAGCAAUCCAAAAUUGAUUCGCGCUUUGGUUGGGAGUUUAUUGGGCUUGAGGAAAACGAUUCAGGCGUUGUGUCUCAAUUCAGGGAUACCGCAGGUGAACACCAUACUGUCACAUCAGAUUACCUCAUUGCAUGCGAUGGCGCAGGCAGUCGUGUGAGGAAAUCGAUUGGUGCACAGCUGAUCGGCGGUCCAGUGCCUGGGGUCAACCUUCUUGUGCACUUUAAAUCUCCCGAUCUUGCUAGAUUACACGCUCAAGGACAGUUUUGGCACAUCUUCUUUACAUCAGCCGCUGUCAUAAUCGCCCAGGACGAAGUCGAUACAUGGACAGUACAUCUGAUGUUUCCUCUUGGCACAGACGUCGACGACAUUGACCCUUAUGAGGCGGUAUAUAAAGCACUCGGGGGUCACUUUGCCCCUUACAAGAUUGAGAUAACAGAAAUACUCGUAAAGAGUAAAUGGCGCCCUAACAUAUACCUCGCCGAUAAAUAUAUUUCGGAGAAAGGACGUAUCUUCCUUUCUGGGGAUUCCGCACACCAGAACAUCCCUACCGGCGGAUAUGGGAUGAAUACAGCUGUCGGCGACAGUUUUGAUAUCGGUUGGAAGCUUGGAGCUAUGGUACUUGGGUAUGGUGGUCCACACCUCCUAUCAUCAUACGAACAAGAACGCCGACCAGUCGCGCGUCGCAACAUUGAGAUGUCCGGUGUUCAUCAGAGUGUGCACAACAAGUAUCUCGAAUUAGUUGCAAUCCGUAAUCUACAUGACUCAGCAAAGUUCCAGGGUCAAGAUUGGGAGGACCUGAAGCAGGAUAUUGCGAAUCAUCUCCAAACUUUCGAUGGAGAGAACAAGGAUCAUGGCAUCGAGAUGGGCUAUCGCUACAAUCAAUCCAAUAUCGCGAUACAGGAAGACGGCGCAGUGGAGCCUGUCUGGGACCCAAAGGCUUACAUACCGUCGACCUGGCCCGGAGCACGCGCUCCACAUGUCUAUCUAGCUGAUGGAAAGACAAGUAUACACGAAUACUUUGGCCAAGGCCCGCAAUUUACUGUGGUUGACUUCACCGAGCAUGGAGAAGCUGCGAACCUGUUCCGAGAUCAGGCUGCCGCACUGAAAAUCCCCUUAAAGGUAGUACAUCUACCACACGAAGAUCACGUCCACAAAAUCUGGGAAAGAGAUGUCGUAUUGGUGAGACCCGACGAUCACGUCACAUGGCGAAGCCAGAAGGGAUCGACUCUGGGAGAAGCCGAAGUCAAGGAGGUGUUAUUAGUUGCAGUUGGUCAAAAGAAAUCACCAUCUGUUAAGAUUGAAGAAUAUGCAACGACUGAUCAGCAGUUGUUCACUGGAACUGUUGGGAAUGUUGAGCAUGACAAAGUGGAAGCUUUGGCAGCAUUUCAAAAAUGACGAUAAGUAAGGCUACUUCAUUCUAUGAUAUGCUUUCUCCUUCAU